CCUUCUUCCCCGGUGAUGCCAUAUAUAAGGCCCAUCCCUCGAUGCCCGCAUUCCAUGCUCACCCAACCAAGAAGUUGGAACUCCUCUAGCCUUUUCUGAGUGCAGUGCAUCCGAAGUCCUUCAACCGGUCAUGGCGGCUUCUGUCAGCAACCGGCAGUUCGGCCGCUUCGAGCCGGGCAGCGGCCUCGUCGCCCCGGCUCCUGCCGUCGGAAAGACGUCGGGAAAUUACCAACUUUCGGACUCGUCGGUGCGCGGUUGCGGCUUCCCAUCUCUUGCCCCCGCGAAAGAGAAGGACCAACGUUACGGCGACGAUGACGACUGUGAUGAGGAGGAGGAGGUGGUCGACUGGAAAGCGGAGUACGGCGGCAGUCACCUCGAGGUGGAGCCGUCGAUUCACGACCCGAGGGACGAGAGCACCGCCGACAGCUGGAUCGAGCGCAACCCAUCCCUCAUCCGGCUCACCGGGAAACACCCGUUCAACUGCUAG